AGUUGUGCCGGUUCUCGUAUUUGUUUAUUUUGUUUCAUAACGUUUGAAUUUGUUUUCCGUAUCAACAUUUUAAAGAGCUUAGAUAUACCAAUACAUAUGGCUGGAAACAGAUUGCAAAGAAUUGGUUCUAUCUUUGAAAGAAUGACAGGUUUAUUGAAAGCUGGUGCUAUCAAGGAGCAGGAUAAGCCCCUCUGGUAUGAUGUGUACAAAACUUUUCCACCCAAACAUGAACCUGCUUUUGCACGUCCAGCUGUACAUAAAACAAUCAAGCCCAUCUUUUAUCCAGAGGAUGUUAUUAGAGGGAAAUUUUUAAAAAUUUACGGUUCUGUUGAUACAUAUAAUAUGUUGAAAGCAGGAGAAAAAUCUAUUAUGCAAAGAUUUGUGGAAAAAUAUCAAGAAAUAGAAAAAAGUGGGACAUUUCUGAAUGAAGAUGAAAUUUUUAGGGCUACAGAAAGUGCUUUGGAAAAUGAAGGACUGAGGUUUGUGAGAGCAGCAGCAGCAACAAAUCAAUCAAUUGAAGAAAACUCAAAAGACUGAGAAUCUAUUAUUGAAGUAAGUUUCAAGGUACAUCUUCUGUGAUGUCUUCAUCCAUAAUCACUGGAAAAUAGACUCAUUUCUUAGUGUACAUAGAAUUGUAAAUAAAAUAUUACCUAUCUUAUUCAA